CAAGAAAUCAUGACAGGCAAAAUUCCGCCAGUCUCAUCACUACUGCACCGGAAAACCAUAUCCCACAAGCACAGCCGGCUCGUUGAUGUUGUGGUGUUGGUAGCUUAUCACAGUCAGCAUCUUGACUCAGACACCAUGAACAGUCUGAUUAAUCCUCACCUGAGAACGCCCACACCGCCAGGUUCCAGCAUCAUAGAGAGUGGAAAGUCCAUUGGAUACUUGAGCCAGCGCUUCACAAACGCACGAAGUAAAUGGCCAUGGGCGACGAGGACGACAUCGCAGGCCUUCUCUCCGUGCAUAUUGCCUGCGUGGAACGCAUGGAUCUCCUCAAUGAGACUGUCAAGACGGUCUGUGACCUGUUGA